AAUAGACACUAGUGUUUGUCGGCAUCUUGACUUGACAAACUGUUUGACAGUCUAAAUGAAAAUAUAGUACAGGAAAGAACUAGGAAAAUGUACAAAGAAGAUAGAAAAAGCAUUGAUAAUAUCUAUGAAAAUGUUGGUGUUACAAAAGGUACAUUUGUAAAAGAGACCACGGACAGUAAAACAAUGGGAAUCCAAUCAUCUGAACUCACAGGAAGUGAUUCAGUGAAGAUCAGAAACUACAUAGCAGCUGUAGUGUGUUUGGUGCUGCUGUGUGUUCUUCUGCUGACUGCAGUCAUAGUGCUGUGUCUCACACUCAUUCAAGAGAGACCACAGCUCAUAUCCAAGAAUGAAAACCUGACCAAUGAGAGAGAGCAGCUAACACUCAAGAACACAAACCUGACCAACGAGAGAGAACAACUAAUACUCAAGAACACAAACCUGACCAACGAGAGAGAACAACUGAUACUCAAGACUCAUAAUCUGACAAGAGAUAGAGAUCAGCUAAUACAGGAGAAAAAUGAUCUUCAGAGGAGUCUUGGUAAACUGGAUGGAUGGAUUUACUAUCAGUCCAGUCUUUACUUCAUUUCCCCUGAUGGGAAGAGCUGGACUGACAGCAGAAGAUACUGUACAGAGAGAGGAGCAGAUCUGAUCAUCAUAAACAACAGAGAUGAACAAGAUUUUGUUAAGAUCAUUUCUGGUACCAAGGCAGUCUGGAUUGGUCUGACUGACAGUGAAGUGGAGGGCAGAUGGAAAUGGGUUGAUGACAGCACACUGACCUCUGGGUUCUGGAGCCCUGCAGAGCCAAAUAGUAACUAUGGCAAUGAAGACUGUGCUUACAGUUACAUCUCAUGGUGGUAUGAUUAUCCAUGUUACGUUGGUCUUCAGUGGAUCUGUGAGAUGAACAUUUUACACAUUGUACUGCCCUAGGAACACCAUAAACUAUUUUUGAAGCCCUACAAUACCUUCAUGAAUUACUGAUGAAAUGUAAAUACAUUUCAAUAAAUAUGUGUGCAGGCUUAUAUAGUACUUUAUGAACAUGCGAUUAACUUGUUAAAAUAAGUGUUUUGUUGAGAAAAAAAUGGUUUAGUAUUGUUUGGGGAAGUCUUUGUUAUAGUGCAGCAAUCCUUAAUAUAUCAAAUCUUUUUUAUUUGAAUGCCUUCGAAUAUUUUAUUAUGAAUAGUUUCAAACUA